AUGGAUUCAGAUCGCAUCAGUCGUCUUCUGGAAGAUGUUUCAACACCGGAAACCAGCGAUAUCGAAGACCCGUACCACGAUGACGAGGGAGAGUAUGGUUCUGACGAAGAUUAUCGUCCAUCUGCUCAGUCAGAAUCUUCCGAGGAUGAAAUCGGUUUCAAUAGAAUCUCAGCACGCCAUGUUUCUUAUUCUUCAGCUAGUAACGAUAGUACUGCACCGGUAAGUCCAUCUCUGCUAACUCAAGAAGAUAUAACUGCAGUGAAUACAGUCCUUCAGUCUCCGGAGGUGGAACAUCCUCGUGCACAAACAGCUGGUGAUAAUUUGCUGCCUAACAAAAUGGAUAUUUUUCUUCAGCCUCUGGAGGUGGAACAGCCUAGUGCACAAACAGUUAGUGAUAAUUUGCUGCCUAACGACAUGGAUAUUUUUCUUCUGUCUCCAGAGGUGGAACAGCCUGCUGCCCAAAUAGUCACCAAUUCAGCGCAGCUCCAAAACGAUGAAGGGUGGUCAAAGACGACUAUAUCAAUUGCUGAUUUCCACUUUGACGAGUUCUCAACAGGACCAAAGUUUGAUGUAAAUCUCAUUCACACACCACUAGAUAUGUUCAAAUUAGUUUUUCCGGAUAGGCUUAUGGAUAACAUGAUUGAUUGUACAAAUAAGUAUGGUGAGAAACUAACUAGUCAAGAUGGGCCCCGCACGAGGAAUAGUCGUCACUAUAAAUUUCGACCUGUGGAUAAGCAGGAGAUGUUAUCUGUUUUAGGCUUAUGCCUUCUUCAAGGGCAAUUGAAAUUCCCCGUUAGACGGUAUUUUUUUUCCAAUGAUCCCCUGUACUAUCAUCCGUUUUUUCAAUAUAUAACAUCUGGUAGGAGAUUCGAACAAAUCAUAAGAUGUCUGUGUGUAGCAGAUGAUCAAGCAAAGGGUGAACACAAAAUUCUUGAUUUUAUAAAAGCUCUGAAUAAUAACUUCCAGCGUAUCUACGGUCCUUCUAAAGAGUUAUCCAUAGAUGAAUCUCUUAUUCUAUUUCGGGGUAGAAUAUACUUUAGGCAAUACAUAAAGUCAAAAAAAGCGAGGUAUGGUAUAAAAUUCUAUGUCCUCACAACUGCUGACGGUUAUGUCCUUGAUAUGAUGAUGUACCGUGGUAAAGAUAAAUCAGAGACAGGAAAGAAAACUCAAAAUAUCGUGCUGAAACUGUUGGAACCAUAUUUGUUCAAAGGUCACCAUGUUUUCAUGGAUAAUUUUUACAAUUCAGUAGAAUUGUCACAUAAGUUACUUAGUUUGCGGACACACUCUUGUGGGACAUUGAGAAAAAACCGUAAAGGUAACCCAAAAGCACUAACAAGUCUAAAGCUAAAAAAAGGAGAUUAUUACUGGUUUCGUAAAGGCCAAAUUUAUGUUUCGAUGUGGAGAGAUAAAAGACCGGUUUUUACAAUUUCUACUCGUGAUCACCCAAAACUAAUACAAGUGUCAAAUCGAUAUGGCAAAGUAGCAACUAAACCCGCUGAAGUAGCUGCUUACAACUGUUUUAUGGGGGGAGUAGAUAGAGUCGAUCAGAUGACUUCAUAUUAUUCAUCCCCCCGUAAAAGCCUAAGAUGGUAUAAAAGGGUUACUUUUCAUUGUCUCGACGUCGCAGUCUGGAACGCAUAUUAUUUGUAUAAAAAAUAUGUGAAAAAGAAUGAUAGAUAUAAGUCCAUAGAGUUCAGAGACCAAUUGAUAAAAGAAAUGUGUCAAGUUUCUGAUAAUGUAAAGGGUCCCGAUGUGGUAAGAAAAGAUAGUGUGUACAGCAGCCGAAGAUUUAGGCAAAAUGUUAUAGAAGAAUGUAGCCUCGCAGCAAUGAAAGGUCACUGGCCAGUCGUGAUGCCAGUUACAACGAACUCUGAUGGCAGUAAAAGAAAAUUCAAAUAUUUGAAUUGCAAAUUGUGCACUAAAGUAAAUAAACGAAAAGAAACUAAAUAUAUCUGUAAGGGAUGUGUGAAAAGAACACCUUUGUGUCCGGAAUGUUUCGAAGAUUGGCACAUUUUGCAUGCAUGUAAUCAGCAGGAAGACUAA